CAAAUUUGUCCUCACACUCACUCUCCCUCUACUUAAACCCUCCUAAGCCCUCCUUCCUUCACUGAGCCACACACACAAACACCCUCUCUUCCACUUUCCACGUCACAAAGCAAAGACACGCCACACUGCUGCUUGCUCUGCUCGCCAUGGGCGGCGCCAUCGAGCGCGACGGCGCGCUCCUCGGGGCGGCGUUGGUGGAGCCGGAGGCGGCGGAGCUCAUCCCGGGGUUGCCGGACGACGUGGCCAUGGAGUGCCUGGCGCGCGUGCCGAGCCGGUCGCACCGGGCGGUGCGCCGCGUGUGCCGCGGGUGGCGCCGCGCGGCCGCGUCGGAGGCGUUCCGCCGCCGCCGGAGGGCGGCCGGGGCGGCCGAGGACGUCGUGUUCCUCGUCCAGGCCACGCCAGCGCGCGGCGGUGACGACGGGAAGGGGCCGUCGGCGGCGACGGAGUGCGCGCUGGCCGCGGCGAACCUCACCACGGGCGAGUGGCGGCGCGUGGAGGGCGCGGGGGAGGGGGAGGAGGAGGCGUGGGGCGGGGGCGUGCCGUUCUUCGCGCGGUGCGCGGCGGCCGGGGACGGACGGCACGUCGCCGUCGUCGGCGGGUGGGAGCCGGCCGCGCUAUGCCUGACACGCGACGUCCGCGUGCUGGACGUCCCCGCCGGUGUGUGGCGGCGCGGCGCGGCGAUGCCGGACUCCCGGGGCUUCUUCGGCUGCACCGGGAGCGGCGGCGUCGUCUACGUCGCCGGCGGCCACGACGAGUCCAAGAACGCGCUCCGCUCCGCCUACGCGUACGACGUCGCCUCCGACGCAUGGCGCGCGCUCCCGGACAUGUCCGAGGAGCGCGACGAGCCGCAGCUCGUCGCAAACCCGGGCCGCGUGCUCGCCGCCAGCGGCUACCCGACCGACGCCCAGGGCGCGUUCAAGAAGACCGCCGAGCGCUACACCACCACCACAACCGGCGACGCAACCGCCUGGUCCAGCGAGGGAGACAUGGCGCCGAACACCGCGGAGACGUGCCUUGCCGCGGUCGGCGGCAAGGUGUGGGCCGUCGGCGCCGGGAAGGGCGGCGUGCGGGAGUGGGACGGGGGCGCGUGGAGGGACGUGGCGGACGGGCCGCCAGGCAUGAAGGCGUGCGUGAAGGCGGUCGGCGCGGGCGACGGCGACGGCGCCGCCAUGUUCGUGUUCGUGUUCGGCAAGGUGGAGGACGGCAAGCAGUACGCGGCGUGGGUGAUGGAGGACGCCGGCGGCGCGGCGCGGUGGCGCGGCGUGGCCGUGCCGCCGGGGUUUGGCGGGUUCGUUUACUCGGGCGCUGCUGUGCGGGUUUAGCCGUGAUCAGUGUGCUGUCAGGUCGUCACCACCUGACAAGGAUGAUCCAUAGGAAGAAGAAGAAGCUGUUGCGGUGGAAGUACUGGCUGAACCGGAGGAGGGCGCUGUAGGGCGUAGGCUGUAGCUCUCGUCCCGACAACAGCGCCAAGGAACCAGAGGAAGACGGUGGACCAGGUGUCCAGGUUUGGCCUGUUUGGUUGGUGACAUGAUGAAAACUCAUACAUGAAGCUAUGCUGAAAGUUUGAAGACAUUUGCCUGACCAAGCAGCCUGUGAGAUGAGUUGUUUGGUUUGAACCAUGUGCCUGAGAAGAAUAAUGCAAUGUCAUACUGUAAUAAUUACUUUUAAUAGACAAUAUUAACAGAUAGUAUUAACUCAACAAACAUGAUCAAUCGGUGGGAAGAAAGAAAAGAAAAGCAAGAAAAAGAAUGUAAUUAAUAGUGGGACCCAUAGAUUUCACAUCA